CUGCACCUCGGUGCCCGUGGACGCCGACAUGUGCGCCGCGUCCGUGGCGGCCGGCGGCGCCGAGGAGCUCCGGAGCAACGUGCUGCAGCUCCGCGAGACCGUGCUGCAGCAGAAGGAGACCAUCCUGAGCCAGAAGGAGACCAUCCGCGAGCUGACCACCAAGCUGGGCCGCUGCGAGAGCCAGAGCACGCUGGACGCGGGCACCGGCGAGGCCCGGGCCGGCGGCGGCGGCGGCGGCGGCGGCGGCCGCAAGCAGCCGGGCUCGGGCAAGAACACCAUGGGCGACCUGUCCCGGACGCCGGCCGCCGAGACGCUCAGCCAACUCGGGCAAACUUUGCAGUCGCUCAAAACCCGCCUGGAGAACCUGGAGCAGUACAGCCGGCUCAAUUCCUCCAGCCAGACCAACAGCCUCAAGGAUCUGCUGCAGAGCAAGAUCGAUGACCUGGAGAGGCAGGUGCUGUCUCGGGUGAACACUCUGGAGGAGGGAAAGGGUGGCCCCAGGAACGACACGGAGGAGAGAGUCAAGAUCGAGAGCGCCCUGACCUCCCUGCACCAGCGGAUCAGCGAGCUGGAGAAAGGUCAGAAGGACAACCGUCCUGGAGACAAAUUCCAGCUCACAUUCCCACUGCGGACCAACUACAUGUACGCCAAGGUGAAGAAGAGCUUGCCGGAGAUGUAUGCCUUCACGGUGUGCAUGUGGCUUAAGUCCAGCGCCGCGCCCGGGGUGGGCACCCCCUUCUCCUACGCCGUGCCUGGCCAGGCCAAUGAGCUGGUUCUCAUUGAGUGGGGCAACAAUCCCAUGGAGAUCCUCAUCAACGACAAGGUGGCCAAGCUGCCCUUUGUAAUCAAUGAUGGCAAGUGGCAUCACAUCUGCGUCACCUGGACCACCCGGGACGGGGUCUGGGAAGCCUACCAGGACGGCACCCAGGGUGGCAAUGGCGAGAACCUGGCACCCUAUCACCCCAUCAAGCCCCAGGGUGUGCUGGUGCUGGGCCAGGAGCAGGACACCCUGGGUGGUGGGUUUGAUGCCACCCAGGCGUUCGUGGGCGAGCUGGCCCAUUUCAACAUCUGGGGACCGCAAGUGACCCCCGGGGAGGUAUAUAACCUCGCCACCUUGCAGCACCAAGGCCCUCUCCGGCAACGUCAUCGCCUGGGCCGAGUCCCACAUCGAGAUCUACGGCGGGGCACACCAAGUGGACAUUCGAAGCCUGUCGCCAGAUAAACUGAGGCUCCUGGCGGCCGAGCCCCCGCCCUCGGGAAGGCACGCCCGCCUCCUCCCCCUGCUUGUAGC